AUGGGGUGGAGGCAUCUCCUCUUGCUUCUACCAUUUGCUUUGUAUGUCCUGACACUACUUCUGACCACCCAGGCAGCUGGGCCCCCACGGACGCCCAAGGGCAACCGGACACAGGGGGCAGGAGCCUCUCGGAGACCUUACAAGCCAGCCAAGGAGCAACUGAACCAGUCCCUAACCAGCACGGCCCCUUCUUCUGUGCAAGCCAGUGGCGGAGGAAGCCGUGGACGCAGUCCUGGUGUAGGGCCAGCAAAGGUGCCCUCCUCCAGCAGCAGUAGCAGCAGCAGUGCAGGCAAUUCCAUCCCAGCAUAUGAGACAUGCAUGGGUUACUAUGAUGUGAGUGGGCAGUGGGACAAAGAGUUUGAGUGCAACAAUACUCAGCAGGAUUUUCGCUACUGUUGUGGCACCUGCUCUUUCCGCUUCUGCUGCAACAAGCGCUCUAAGAAGCUCAAUCAGGAAAAGUGCCGAAAUCAGGACCCCCGUCCUAGCACAGAUCCUAUGACCCCUGCCACCAGCAAUAAUGGAGCUGGAGAUAUACCCAAUGGGUAUGACCCUAAUGAGGACAACACAAAUGCCACCGUCUACAUUUCAUGUGGGGCCAUUGCCUUUGUUGUCAUUGCGGGCAUUUUUGCUAAGGUGGCAUAUGACAAAGCACGACAACCGCCACAGGAAAUGAACAUCCACAGGGCUCUGGCCGAUAUCCUCCGGCAGCAGGGACCAAUCCCCAUAGCACACUGUGAAAGAGAGACUAUCUCGGCUAUAGAUACCUCCCCCAAAGACAACACACCCAUCCGAACAUCUUCGAAAAACCACUAUACGCCGGUGCGCACCUCUAAGACCAACCCAGGUCAUUAUGGAAAGGAUAUUUAUCGAAGUGGAGGUCCAGAUUUCCAUAAUUUCAUCUCUUCUGGGUUUGUCACAUUAGGAAGAGGACACAACAAGG